UCGAGUAUUUACGAGUUUCCCAAAAUGCCACUGGAUCUGGCGUGUUCAAAACCCAAUCCUCCGUUCCAGCAGAGGCCUCUCUUGCCUUUGCCGUCCAUGGAGUUCCACAGGCGUCAGGGCAAGGAAAAUUCGAUCGAAAGGAAGGGGCAAAAGCGGAAGCUGGAGGAAGACUUGGACGACGACCGGGAGAUCGAUUUACCGUCCGCCUCCGCCGCCGGCGCCUCCGCCGCGGCGCUACUCUGCGAAGUGGUCGCACAGGUCGAAACCCUCAACGACGCCUUCUCCUGGAACGAAGCCGAUCGCGCUGCAGCCAAGCGCGCUACUCACGUUCUCGCGGAGCUCGCCAAGAACGAGGAAGUUGUGAGUGUAAUAGUUGAAGGAGGCGCCGUUCCGGCUCUGGUGAAGCAUCUUCAGGCGCCACCGUUGAGCGACGGUGACCGGAGCCCGAAGCCGUUCGAGCACGAGGUCGAGAAGGGAAGUGCUUUUGCACUAGGGCUUCUCGCAGUAAAGCCAGAGCAUCAGCAACUUAUUGUUGACAAUGGUGCCCUGCCUCACCUUGUGGAUUUACUAAAGAGGCACAAGGAUGGUUCCAGCUCUCGGGCUGUCAAUAGCGUCAUCCGAAGAGCAGCUGAUGCAAUUACUAACCUUGCCCAUGAAAAUAGCAGUAUUAAAACCCGUGUUAGGUUGGAAGGUGGGAUUCCACCACUUGUUGAAUUGCUUGAAUUCAUUGAUCCAAAGGUACAAAGGGCAGCAGCUGGAGCACUUCGAACUCUGGCAUUUAAAAAUGAUGAAAACAAGCAUCAGAUUGUAGAAUGCAAUGCCCUUCCUACAUUGAUUCUAAUGCUCCGAUCUGAGGAUGCUGCUAUUCAUUAUGAAGCGGUGGGCGUCAUUGGAAAUCUAGUGCACUCAUCCCCAAACAUUAAGAAGGAAGUUCUUCUUGCAGGUGCUUUGCAACCUGUCAUUGGAUUGCUCAGUUCUUGCUGCUCUGAGAGCCAAAGAGAAGCAGCUUUGUUACUUGGACAAUUUGCUGCCACAGAUUCAGAUUGCAAGGUACAUAUUGUUCAGAGAGGAGCUGUGCGGCCUUUGAUUGAGAUGCUUCAAUCCUCAGAUGUGCAGCUUAGAGAAAUGUCAGCAUUUGCACUGGGAAGGUUGGCACAGGAUACUCACAACCAAGCUGGUAUUGCUCAUAAUGGUGGUUUGGUGCCAUUACUCAAGCUUCUUGAUUCGAAAAAUGGAUCUCUGCAACAUAAUGCUGCAUUUGCUCUUUAUGGCCUUGCUGAUAAUGAGGAUAAUGUGUCUGAUUUUAUCAAGGUUGGUGGGGUUCAGAAGCUACAGGACGGAGAGUUCAUUGUCCAAGCAACCAAAGACUGUGUAGCCAAGACACUUAAAAGAUUAGAGGAGAAGAUUCAUGGGCGGGUCUUGAACCAUUUGUUGUAUAUGAUGCGUGUAGCAGAGAAGACUAUUCAAAAACGAGUUGCCUUGGCACUUGCCCAUCUUUGUUCUCCAGAAGAUCAGAGAACAAUAUUCAUUGAUAACAGUGGAUUAGAGUUGCUUCUUGGCCUUCUUGGUUCUACAAUCCUAAAGCAACAACUUGAUGGUUCUAUUGCCUUGUAUAAGUUGUUUAACAAAGCCAUGACGCUUUCUCCUGUUGAUGGAGCUCCUCCGUCUCCAACACCUCAGGUGUAUUUGGGGGAACAGUAUGUAAACAAUCCUACAUUAUCUGAUGUUACCUUUUUAGUUGAAGGUAAAAGGUUCUAUGCCCAUCGAAUUUGCUUGCUUGCUUCUUCAGAUGCAUUCCGUGCAAUGUUUGAUGGUGGUUAUAGGGAGAAGGAUGCAAGAGACAUUGAGAUUCCAAAUAUAAGAUGGGAAGUUUUUGAGAUGAUGAUGAGAUUCAUAUACACUGGAUCGGUGGAUGUUACAUUGGAUAUUGCCCAAGAUCUCCUCAGAGCUGGUGACCAGUAUCUGUUGGAGGGACUUAAGCGGCUUUGUGAAUAUACCAUCGCACAGGAUAUAUCAUUAGAAAAUGUUUCAAGCAUGUAUGAGCUAUCAGAAGCAUUCCAUGCAAUGUCGCUGAGGCAUGCUUGCAUUUUGUUCAUUUUGGAGCAGUUUGACAAAUUAAGUGCUAGGCCUGGGUAUUCUCAUCUGAUCCAUCGUAUAAUUCCAGAGAUCCGAAAUUACUUCGUAAAAGCACUCACUAAGCCUAAUCCACAUAACCUUCGGCUGGAGGGGGUUUCUCGUAAAUUCUUGGUUUCUAACUAAAUGUUAUGUACAGAAAACUCUAGAUUUAACGGGUGUCAAGCCAGCGAGUGGCCUUAAUUGGCUGAUUGUAGAAGGUCCACUCCCUUCUGAUGGCAGAGCUCUAUUACCUGUAACACUGUAAGUUGUUCCUUAGUGUCAAUUGUGUUGGAUCUUGGAUACUGCUAUCAACAGUUACUAUCAGCAAUAUUAUAACUUGCAGUGAUUUAGACGGUUUAUGUUUGUUUACCCAAUGUAUUACUCACCCAGUGGGUUCAACGUUGAGUUAACAUUAGUAUAAAGAUGGUUCUGGUUUUGUAUUCU